CCUGAAAGGAUCUGGGAGUGUUUUGUGUAUGUCCUCUUGAAGAACUGACAUGGAGGGAAUACCCCAGUUUCUUCAGUCUAAAAUGUUUUGGAAUGUUUCAACUAACUCCUCAGAAAGUGAAAAUGAAGCUCAGUCAGUCUUUUCACAGACUGAGCACAAUAUAGUCGCAGCUUACUUAAUAACAGCAGGGGUGAUAAGCCUUCUCAGUAACAUAAUUGUGUUAGGCAUCUUUGUUAAGUACAAGGAACUUCGGACAGCAACAAAUGCAAUUAUUAUUAACCUGGCUUUUACCGACAUCGGUGUUAGUGGCAUUGGUUAUCCUAUGUCUGCUGCUUCAGACCUACAUGGAAGCUGGAAAUUUGGCUACACUGGAUGCCAGAUCUAUGCUGCCUUAAAUAUCUUCUUUGGAAUGGCAAGUAUCGGGUUGCUUACAGUUGUUGCAAUUGAUCGUUACCUGACAAUCUGCAGGCCUGAUAUAGGAAGAAGAAUGACUACCUGUACCUAUACUUCCCUGAUCCUAGCUGCUUGGAUAAAUGCAGUCUUUUGGGCCUUGCUCCCUAUUGUAGGUUGGGCUAGCUAUGCCCCAGAUCCAACAGGAGCCACCUGCACAAUAAACUGGCGGAAAAAUGAUGCGUCCUUUGUUUCUUAUACAAUGACUGUAAUUGCUGUUAAUUUUGUCGUGCCCUUAACAGUCAUGUUUUACUGUUACUACAAUAUUUCCCGAACAAUGAAACAGUACACUACCAGUAGCUGCCUGGAGAGCAUCAACAUAGACUGGUCUGAUCAAGUAGAUGUCACAAAGAUGUCUAUUGUGAUGAUUGUGAUGUUUUUGGUGGCUUGGUCUCCAUAUUCCAUUGUAUGCUUAUGGUCUUCCUUUGGAGACCCAAAGAAGAUUUCUCCUGCAAUGGCCAUCAUAGCACCUCUAUUUGCAAAAUCUUCCACAUUCUAUAACCCCUGUAUUUAUGUCAUUGCAAACAAAAAGUUCCGGAGAGCAAUCCUGGCAAUGGUUCGAUGUCAAACUCGGCAGGAGAUAACUAUUAAUAACACCUUACCAAUGAGUGUCUCUCAGAGCACACUGACAUGACGAGAAGCUGCUUGAAAGCACUGCCACUUUAUUUACCCUAUCGUAUAUGUUUUGUACACUACAUGGAAAUAAGUGGUCAAACCUGGGCCACAAUUAAAUUUGUAUUACACUGUAAUAAUAAUCCACUCCAACAUGCCAGUUUGUUUCUCUUUGUCUCAAUAACAUUUAAUACAGUUUUUUGUAAAAUGCCAAGAUUUUAGUACUGAAGAGUAGGCCAAUUGGCAUAAUAUGCUUAUCCCUCUCGAAAGGCGAUCGUGAAUGCUCACUGUGUUUUGUAACUCUUGGAUAGUGGGAUAAAAUGGUGUGGGAGAGAGGAAGGGAGAAUAAAGCAGGAUCUGCUUAAUUGUGCUACAGUAACAGAAAUAAAUUUUGUGUAUGUGUAAU